AUGAAGCUCACCCUCUCAGCCCUCACCGUCGCCCUCGCGGCCCUCCCCGAGCUCGCCUCGGCCGGGUUCGCGGCUUCUUGUUCUUGGUCCUGGCAGGAGCCAAAGUACGUGGUCGCCACUUGCGCCAAGAAGGACGGGACGCCCUGGCGGACGAGGCAGGACAUGAAUUUGUGUGUGGGGGUUGAUCGGUUCACUGGGAGGCUUGUUUCAAGGGAUACUGGCAACGCCUUCCUUGAAUGCUGGAACACGAGAAAGGACGGCAACACGGACCUCAAGUCUACGUGCUGGAACUGGGACGAGGAGGAGGUGAGGGGGAAUUUGAAUAUUGAUGCGUACAUGCAGAAUUUGGAUGGGUGGUUGUGGUGCCAUGGGCAUCGGAGCGCGCCUUAUUAG